AUGCAGACGAAAGCACAAGGUCAUCGUGCUUGGACGGGGUUGAUGUUCGAUGUUCUCAAAAUGCAAUCAACCGAGCAGGAAAUCCGGGAUUGCUUGGACAAAGCGCCAUCUGAUAUCGAAGACAUGAUCAGAGAGGUCUUAAAGAUGCACAGCUCCACACUCAAUAGCAGAGAGGCUGAAGAAUUCAAUACGAUCCUAGCUUGGGUAUCCUUCGCCGCUCGCCCUUUGACUUUGGCGGAGCUAGACGCGGUUUUGAGGAGAUCAUCACCAUCCGGUGGCCCUGUGCUCUCGCUGGAGGCCAAACUACGAGAGAAGUUCGGCUCACUUUUCACCCUGACUCGAGACGAUGGACUUUCCACCGGUAUGCUACAGUCGCGCACGAAACGAUCGAAUGAAGAGAGUGCCUACGAUUCAAAGUAUGAAACGACUAGCGUAGGAUUUGCUCACUCUUCUAUUAUGGAGUACUUCCUGAAAGGCGAGGGCAAGUUCGCGGCCAGAAAAACGUGUCCCAAAAUCGGCGUUGUGUACGCGGAGGCGCAACUUUACAUACUAAAGACCUGCUUGGAGGUUUUCCUCACUCCUGGCCAAGGAGACAAAAAGAAGUUGGCAAACACGUUGAAGAACUAUUCUCGGGACCAUUGGUAUGGUCAUCUCGAAUGUUCCAUAUGGCAGAAUUUCGACGCUACCGACCAGAUAGAGCUCCUGAGUAUGCUUUACUCGUUCCUGAACAAGCCCGACGCAUUAAGAGGAUGGUGCGAGGGCACUCCUUGGACCUUCUACACGGAAACAGCAGUCGCUAUAUUAUGGACGUGCAUGAAGAAAUGGUACGACAGUUCUGAUCUUGACGCCGGGCUACUGGACUGGGUAGAGACUUGUGGCAGUGGAAAGGCAGAGCUUGUCUUCCUACCGGCCGCAAAAGUGUAUGCCGAACAGGGCCUGCACAAAGAUUCAGUCGGGGACGACUGGCUUGCGCAGCCAGCAAUUACCGCGGUCGCACAGAUUCGUGCACUGAUCGAAGAGGAUGAUACUCUGGACACUCUACCGGAUCCUCCACCGCUCGAAACGCUACUCAAAGCCGUCAGAUGGUCAGGCUUAGAAGAGAACGCGGUCUGGAAUCGAAAACUGGCAGUCUGCCUACGCAAUUUCCAAUACGUGGAGGAGUCAAUUCCUUAUUUCGAGAGAGCCCUCCAGCUGGACGAGGCGUGCGUGCGUGCAAGAUCCGGCCUUGCGACUAUCUACCGUAAUCAAGGGUACUUUACAAAGGACAUUGAGCUAGAGUCGGCCAAUGCUACCUACCUUGUCCGACAGAUCAAAUGCAGCAACGGAGACAACGACGCCCUCAACAAGCAUUUAGGCUACUCUUAUAGCCUUAUCGCGUAUUCCUACGGGAAACUAAACGACGAUGCCGCUGCUUUGAGGUACUGGCGUCUGGCCGCUGAGUUGAAAGCAAUCGUGCAGUAUGGUAUUCGUACUUACCUUCGGUUGUUGUGCGCAUCACCUAAGGAAAAUCGUUGGAAAGACGUAAUAUGGUUUUCAAAGUUGAUGGAACAAGCGAAAGACGACGUUGAGGACCAUAGUCGGCUCACCACCUGUAUCCUGGAGAACGCAUAUCCUGACGAUAACCCUAAUGGGGUCAUACGUGCUCUUGGAAGAGCUGCCGUGGAAGAAGGUUGUUUGGAAUGGCUGGUGAAUGUGUACAACACAGCAAUCUGGCAUUCGAAAGACCAUGGGACUGUCGUCUAUCUCAAGAUGUCUAUCGUUGACCUACACCUCAAGUUUACAAAGGACCUGACUCGUGCCGAACUGCUCAUUGAGGAAGUUAUGGAAGUCGCUUGUCUAGACGAAGAAGGCAGAAUUGAACAGCUCGAGAAAUGCAAAAGGCGACUGGGCCAACACUUUUGUCGCAUAUGCGUCCGCAAGGCGGUCGCUGCAGGCUUAGAUUCAGCCGAGGCCAGAAAGUACAUAAAUCGGCUCGCUAAGUUGUGUCGAAGUGGAUUGGAGCCGCGGGAGCAAAGGUCAAAAUGCGUUUAUGGAGAGCGCAGUGCCCUGUACUUGGCAUUACUCCAACGACGUUCCGGAAAUAUUGCCGAGGCAGGCAUAACUGUGCGAGGCUGGCUCGUCGAGACUUGCGACCUGGCCCUCCAACCACGUUCAUCGACGCUUGGACUCAUGGGUCUUGGUCGCGUGUUGAUUGCCAUGGGUCUUUACGAUGAAGCAAUUUCCAUACUACGUGUGGUCCAUUCACGGGGAAAGGGGAAGAUGCUGCAAUCUGCGAGUUAUGCCUAG